UGCAGAAAGGGAAGGUUUUCCCCUUCUAAACUGAAAGGAAAACGUGUUAUUGAACUUGGGGCAGGAUGUGGAGUGGCUGGUUUUGGCAUGGCAUUGCUAGGAUGCGACGUAGUCUCCACAGACCAAACUGAGGUUUUGCCAUUGCUAAUGAGAAAUUGUGAGCGUAAUGCAUCAAGGAUCAUGCAAAUGAAUCCUGGUUCAGAUUCCUUUGGUUCCAUCCAGGUUGCAGAGUUGAGCUGGGGUAAUGUGGAUCAAAUAAAGGCUGUUGAUCCACCGUUUGACUACAUCAUUGGCACUGAUGUUGUUUAUGCAGAGCAUCUCUUGGAACCACUUUUGCAGACAAUGCUUGCGUUGUCCGGACCAAAAACCACUAUUCUGGUUCAGUAUCUUAGCAGCAGCAGCAGCAGCAAUGGAGGUCAAAUUGGAGCCACCACCGAAGGCAAUCACCUCUCCCUGUCAAUGAGCAACAAUCAGCAAAGGCCGUUCAUCAAUCCUCCGCAACUGUUUGCAACUGCUGCAGCAUCAUCAGGAUUCCCACAGCAGAUAACUACCGGACCCCAAAAUUGGCUACACUAGAAAAAUUGAUUUUAC